UCUUCAUCUCCGCUCCCUCCCUCCCUCCCUCUCCUCCUCCCCCUCCUCUCUCUUUCUGCUCUCUGCUUCAUUUCACUUGCAUCUCCACAUAUCUUCAUACCUGCAUUUAAAUUAUAAUCUAAUUUGAACUUCAAACAAGAAAAAUGCAAGAUAUGUGGAAUGCCCCUCCUGGAUUCAGGCCACCAAAGUCUUCUUCUGCACCUUGCUCACCAGCAAAGCCGCUUGGGAUUUCUCGAACCCGGUCCGAGUCGUUUCACAUCACUCAUAAAGUUCCUGUCGGUGAUUCUCCUUAUGUUAGAGCCAAGCAUGUUCAGUUGGUGGAUAAAGAUCCAGAGAAAGCAAUUCCAUUAUUUUGGGCUGCUAUUAAUGCUGGAGAUAGAGUUGAUAGUGCUCUAAAGGAUAUGGCUAUUGUGAUGAAGCAGCAAAAUCGUGCCGAUGAGGCGAUUGAGGCCAUUAAAUCGUUACGAAGCCGGUGUUCGGAGCAGGCUCAAGAGUCUCUUGACAACAUCCUUUUAGAUCUCUACAAGAGAUGUGGGAGAUUGGAUGAUCAAAUAGCCCUUUUGAAGCACAAAUUGUAUUUGAUUCAACAAGGGUUAGCAUUUAAUGGGAAGCGAACCAAAACAGCGCGAUCUCAAGGGAAGAAAUUUCAGGUCUCGGUGGAGCAAGAAGCUACUCGAUUGCUGGGAAAUUUAGGAUGGGCACUGAUGCAGCAAAACAACUAUAAAGAAGCAGAGGAUGCAUAUAGGAGAGCACUGUCAAUUGCACCUGAUAACAACAAGAUGUGCAAUUUGGGCAUCUGCCUAAUGAAACAGGGGAGAAUCAUCGAGGCGAAACAGACUCUCCGUCGAGUAAAGCCGGCAGUUUCAGACGGGCCAAGGGGGAUGGACUCUCACCUCAAGGCUUAUGAAAGGGCACAGCAAAUGCUGGCAGACUUGGAAUCAGAGCUUAUGCAAAAAGCAGGGGACUCUGUUUCAGAACAGAGCAGGCUUUUCAAUACUUUCUUAGGAUCCUCCUCUCUUUGGCAGCCUCAACCUUGUAGAGAAACUUAUUCCUACCAACCUAAUACCAAAAUCCCAGAUGAAUUUCCUGAUGAAAAUACCAAUUCCAACAUUUUGCACUCAAACAAUAAUCAGAAUUUUCCACCAAAACCUAAUAAUAAUCAUAAUAACAAUAAUGGGGUUUGCCCAAUGGGAAAUUCUUGGAACAUUGAUGCCCCACCAUUUUAUUCCUCCAAAUUGGUAAAGGAGCCAUCUGAGGGAAAUCAACUCCAUGAAACCCUCAAGAGAACACGGUCGGGGAAUGUUGCGAGUUUCGGAAAAGAAAUUUGCAGCACAAUCCUGACGAGUGCUAAAAAUGGUAGUAAUCAAGAAAGAGAAAACAAGAUGUUGAGGAGAUCAUUGGAGGAACCCUUGAAUAAACUAGCUGAGUUUUUGCCUGAUGAUAAGGACUUUGAAGAUGCAAUAAUAUCUGCAGUUCUGAAUACAAUUCAUGCAGAAAAUUCUGCUGCAGAAGUUAAGAAGAUCUCACAGAAGUUUGAAGUGAAGAAGGCUGUUGCAGUUGACAAAAGGUUGAAAGUUUUCCAGGAUAUAACAUUAUCUUUGAGUCCUAGGGCUUGAGUUCACUCCCAAACAAAAUUGAGUCUUUUUUUAAAUUAAUUUUUGCUAAUUUAAUUUAUUAAUUUAGUCUACUUAGGAGAUGCACUUGUUCUCCUUUUCUUAAUUAUCUGUUUUAGUCUCUUUCCUUACUCAUGGUAACACAGUAGUCUCAGUUGAACUAAGAAAUUAUUUAUAUCACAUUAUGAUAAUAAAGUUUAUAUUUGCCCUUUA